AUGUUUGAUUGGCGUCGUUUAAAACCACUUCGGCCACAUCAAAUUUUUUUUUUUUAUACGACAAUACAGAACUAUUCGGAUAACGGAUAUCAAUAUUCAUACAAAUCAAAUCAAAUCAAAUCAAAUCAAAUCAAAUUAAAUCAACAACAGCAAACAUCAAGGCAACUUAUCCGAAUAAAUAACCAACUACCACCUUCAGUAGUACUACACAAUAUAAUCAUGAAAUCAAUAUUAAUAACAACCGGAGCAACCAUUACUUUCAAAUCAUUAAUACAAAUAAUCUUAUCACCUCAAUUUCUUAAUAAUUUAAUCCGUUUAAAAAUCAAUAAAUUAAUUAUUCAAUAUGGUCAUGAAAUCAAAAAUUCAAUUAAUUUAAGUGAGUCAUUUUUCAAUGAAACAAUCAAUAAAUACGAUUUGAUUAAUUUAUUCAACCUAGAAAUAGAAGAAACUCCCAUUGGUGACGACGACGACGACGAAGGGAUACGAUUAUUUAAGAAUUCUGAUAUUGAAAUUUUGGCAUUUUCAUAUAGUUCAAACAUUAAUAAAUAUAUUGAAAAUGUUGAUUUAAUCAUUAGUCAUGCUGGUACUGGAUCAAUCAUUGAUUGUUUACAUUUGAAUAAACCAUUAAUUGUUAUUGUUAAUGAUAAAUUAAUGGAUAAUCAUCAAUUAGAAAUUGCUCAACAAUUUACAAAAUUGAAUUAUUGUAUUUAUUAUUCAAUUAAAGAGUUAGAACAGUAUGUUAAUAACAAUGAUAAUAACAAGGAUAGUAGGUUUUGGAAUCAAUUGAAUCAAUUGAUUAAUGGAGAAUUACAAUUGAAUAAAUUACCUCAAACUGAUGGAUCAAUUAUUGAAACGAUAAUUUGUGAGGAAUUAGAAAAGUAA